CGAUAUUGUUUAACCACAUAAUUAAGUUUAAGAAUGGGGCUAAAUUAAAUCAUUGUAUUUUGGGGCAUUUAUUAUUUCUAACCAACACCGCGACAAGGCUCCGUUUCGCUCCAGCUGUGAAUAAUUUCUUUGCAGCUCAUUCGCAAGUUUGGUGGCGUUGAUUCCUCAAGUACUUGCUCGGUCCGGUGCUUCUUUGCCUCGGUAAGGUGACCUGGAGAUGAGUACUAGGGCGGGGCAAGCGUCAUACCGUGAUCGGACGCAGGAGUUCCUUAAGGUAGUUGAGAAUUGCAAGAAGUCCUCGUCGACUGUAGAUGGACCGAGCAGCAGCACUGCGCCUUACUUGGAAGGACCUAAAUCAGCGGCUUCCAUUCAGUCGGAGUUUAGCAGGAGGGCUUCGCAAAUUGGACUUGGCAUUCAUCAGACUUCACAGAAACUCUCUAAGCUUGCAAAAUUGGCAAAAAGGACAUCAGUUUUUGAUGACCCUACUAUAGAGAUUCAAGAAUUAACGUCAGUUAUCAAGAAGGAUAUUACUGCUUUAAAUAGUGCAGUAGUAGACCUGCAACUCCUCUGUAGUUUGCAGAAUGAAAGUGGAAAUUUGUCUAGGGAUACUACCAAUCACUCUACUACUGUUGUUGAUAACUUGAAGAAUCGCUUGAUGAGCACUACAAAGGAGUUCAAAGAAGUUUUAACCAUGAGAACUGAGAACCUGAAAGUUCAUGAGAGUAGAAGGCAGUUAUUUUCUUCAUCAGCAUCAAAGGAAGCAGCUAAUCCUUUCCUUAGACAACGACCACUUGUUUCUAAAGGAAGUAAUGAGUCUUCUGCUCCCCCAGCACCAUGGGAAAAUGGCUCAACAUCUUCAUCUCCUUUGUUUCCAAGGAGGAAAUCAAAUGGGGACCCAUCGUCUACUCAGCCUUUGAUACCGCAGCAGCAGCAGCAGCAACAGCAGCAAGAAAUGGUUCCAUUGCAGGACAGUUACAUGCAGAGUAGAGCAGAAGCUCUUCAAAGUGUCGAGUCUACAAUUCAUGAAUUGAGCAAUAUCUUUACACAACUAGCUACUAUGGUUUCACAGCAGGGAGAGCUAGCAAUCAGGAUUGAUGAGAACAUGGAUGACACAUUAGCCAAUGUGGAAGGAGCACAAGGUCAACUGCUUAAGUACCUCAACAGCAUAUCCUCUAAUAGGUGGCUGAUGAUCAAGAUAUUCUUUGUUCUUAUGUUUUUCCUUAUGAUCUUUCUGUUUUUUGUUGCAUAAUUCCACCUCUUCUUUAGCUGAAUUCUCCUGUGCCAGUGAUAUUCUUUGCACUCCUAUCCAUUUUUUUUUUCUUUUGCACAUUUA